UUUUGUGCUGUUUAUAUGCCUGUUGCUCAAACGAACUAGGAAAUUAAAAAAUUGUUAUAUUUUUUGCAUCAGCUGUUUGUUGAAAUAAAAAUAAAGUUCAAACAUCUUCAAUUGUGAUUAUUAGAUAUUAUUUUAUGCAAAAUUACUUUCGCGCUCUCCGGACUUCGGUAAAAUGUUGUCACAAGGCGGCCAUCUUGUCCUGACAGAUAAACAAAUAAUGGUGGCAGAAUUUUAGGUGCACAUUUGUAAAAAAGAUCGUAAAAAUGGACACAAGUAUGGCACUGAUGGCAGAUCAGCUCACGGUCAAGUUUGUUGACACUUUGGACAGAUACCCUUGUAAUGAAGACAUCGAGUGUAAAUACACUUUUAACAAUUAUAAAGUUCAAGACGGCGAUAGAAUCGCAAUAUUUAAGACGGGUUGGAAGUCUUUGAGAAACUACGUUUUAUUUGAGUGGGCUGUUGACUCUUCUGUGGCUGAAGUAAACUCAGUAAUUUUCAGCAGGUACGAUUUGCCAAAUAGUCCCAGCGAAACAGACGACUUGUACCAAUUUUGUUACAUAAGUGGUGAAAAUGUAGUCCACGGAAUUAGCACCCCAUUCCAAAUUUAUUCAUCAGACUCGAAACAUACAGUAAAUCUGACUGAUUCACUGAAAAAUGAGAAUCAAUGUACGCAUUUAAAACAGUUGCUUUCGUUAAAAGAUAAAGAAAUUUUGCGAUUAAAAGAAGAAAACGCAAUACUCAAAGAAUCAAUUAAGUCGAUGGUUGAUCAACGGAAGUUCCAAAGGAGUAAAAAUUACGACGACGAUAUUGAACAGUUGAAAGAAUUGACUAGUAAAUUGAAGAAUGUUGUCUUGGGGCAACAGAAGGAAAUUGACGCUUUGAAAAACGAAGUGAGGAAGGAUAAAGCAGAGCAGAAAGAUUUAUUACUAGAGAAAAAGUUAGCAGAGAGGAGGUUUGAAUCUGUGUGUGGUAAAAAUGUCAAGAGAUUAAAUAUUGAUUUCGAUUUGGGGAGUUUACAGUCACUUCCUGCUUUCCCCUUUGACGAUCUUGAUAAAAUGUGAAUUGCUGCACUAAUAUUUAACAUUUAAGUGUGUAAAUUGUAAAUAAACGUAAUAAAACGGUCUGUAACAAAA